AAUAUUUUUUAUCUUAACUACAUGUUAUACAUGUACAAAUCUGUUAUCUACUAAUUGAGACAUAUUAAUUAGUGUAUUAACUCUGAUAAUGAGAUGCAAUCGUAUAUGUUAUCUUUUGUCUUGAAAUGUUUACUUGACUGUGUAAAUAGGUAUUAACAGCUCCGUAGAACUGCUGUUGAAAGUAAAAUGGAAUCAGGCGGCUCAGUAAACACAGCGCCACGGUACGAGCUGGUAGUGCGUUCGAUUCCGUAAAUAUGUCGGCCACAGUUGAAACGAGUUUAAAAGAUAAAAUUAAAAACGCUGUGGAAAUCCCCAUCUUGACAAGAUGCUGUUUCUGUUUUCCCAUGAGAAAAGGCCUCAUAGCCUUUGCAUAUAUAAAUUUGACACUAACGCUGGUUGCCAUAACGAUGCUGUCUCUGUAUAUAUCGACGAUGCGCAAUGCAAAUAUGAAAGAGCUCAACGCUGAAUAUCCCCGGCUAAUUAUAGCCACAACAGCUCAGGUCGUCGAGAUAUGUAUGACCAUCAUGUUCAUUGUGGCUUUACAUCGGAAACACGUGCUGUUAAUGAGGGUAUUUCUAUAUUUUGAAAUCAUCUACUCAAUCGUCGGAUUCGUCUACAGUAUUGUUUGCAUCUCAGAAGAGAGCGCCAAUGAACUGUUUUUAAUGCUGUUUGAAUUUACAUUACAAAUCUACUUGGCGAUACUCAUCUACAGUUCAAUUAUGAAGAUGGAUAGAGAUGGUACUAUCAAAUACACACGUGAUAGGGAUCCAGUGUAACCAUCCGACUAUUCAACAUCUAUCAUAGCUACAUCUAGAACUAAAUAGUAUAAGUUAUAUAGCUUUAUUGCAAUGCAAUACCUGCUAGGGUUAUAUGCACUGAGUAUUUUUAUUGGUCUUUUUUUUCUGUAUGCUUACGUAGAUACAGAUUAUCUACAUUUCGCAUGAUGCAAGACACGGAAAAAAUUCGCGCAAAGAAAGUUAGUUACACGGAUUGACUCAUAGCUACUGUACCAAACUGUUAUUAGAAGCUUAUUUGAAUAAAGUAGUCCUUAUCUGUAUUGAUUACUAUAAAAGGGAAUUUUUUAAAUGUUUAUUUAUUUGUUUAUAAUUUGAUAAAUACAAAAAACACUUGAUAAAUUUUGAUAAUUCUUUCACCUAUCUAUAGUAAUUUAUUUAUGACCGAGUAAUGAUGUAAAGUAUGCUGUAUCCACUCGGCUAAAGUUGUAAAUAUUUCCGUUAAGAUAAAUUAAAUUACAAUAAAAAUAUUUUUAUUA